AUGACCUCUCUGCCCGGUCCCAACUUUUGUGCGGCCUGUCAACAGCCCAUCCACGACCAGUUUCUGCUCCAUGUUUUGGACCAAACUUGGCAUUCCCAUUGCCUCCUUUGCGCCGAUUGUAAAGAGCCCCAAAACGAGAGUUGUUUCUACCGAGAUGACAUGAUUUUAUGUCGGCGCGACUUCAUUCGGUACGUUUUUUUUCAGCUGUCGUUUACUGUGUUUUUUCAUGGCAGCGUUGGGAUUAAUUAUAUAUAAAAAAGCUGGAACUAAAAUUUUGAUUUCAACAUUUUCUUUUUCCACCCUCACUUCACUACUCAUAUAGUAGCUCAAUGUUUAGCUGUUAAACCCCCCUAAUGCUCUAUUUCUCCCUAUUUUGUUCCAUCUUUACCUCCAGUCUCACAAUUUCAUCGUCAUAAUCACCAAAAGCCAUCGAAAUCUCCCACAGUUAUGACAACCCCUCCGAUGACUCAACUCGUCCCCCGCAACGAGCUGAGAACUUUUUUUAUGUGGGAGCCGGGUCAAGAACCCAUCUAAAUUUACCUUACUCUACCUUUGGGGGAUCUAUUUUUAUUUGUAAAAAGUUCUCACGAACACAACUGAGCGGCCGAAAAUUUUAAAAAACUUGGCUGAGGAAAUGCUUAGGGUUUAAUUGAAACUGAGGGACGAUGUAACCUAUGUAACAAGUUAGAAAAAAAAUUUGAACAAAAAAUUUAUGUUAUACUAGACGAUCAAAAAUAUGGCUUCGUUUUUCAGAAGGUACGGCGCCCGUUGUGCCGGCUGUAAUAUGGUGAUCGAAAGAGAGGAAAUGGUGAGGAAAGCGAGGAAUCAGAUCUUCCAUUGCCGCUGCUUCUGCUGCUCCGUUUGUCAGAGGACUUUGGAUACCGGGGAAAGGGUAAGUUUCGUUAACUAUGACCAAAUAAUAGGUGAAAAGGUAUAAUAAUUGAGAAAAUCGAAUACCAUAAGGUGCGGAAAAUAUAAACUUUGCCUCUGUUAGUGGUCAAAGCCCAUACUCCCACACACUUUUGCCUAGUGUAAUAUGUAAAAGCGAGAAAACAAAAACACUAUUUUUUGGUAAAUAUAUUAUAGUACCGCUGGCGUAUGAACCGCGUAAUAUUUUAGUAAGCGAUUUUUGCUCAGUAUAAUACAAAGUUUCCCCCAAGAAAUCCUCUGUUAGGUAAACAUUUUGAUCUCCCACCAACCUAAUUUGCAUGUUCUAGAAUUUUUUUGCGGCUUCAGAAUCUGAGCCCACGUCUCUAUUUAUCUUCGUCGACUUUUUCUGUUUGUCUUCGGCUUUUAUUUAAAUUCGGUUCCGGCCAAAGAAAUAUUGAGAGACUCGCGCGGACUGACAAAUUGACCGGUUGGUGGAUGUCGGCGCCUUCCAAAAGACGCCCGGGAUGUAUGAUUUUUUUGCUGACAAUAUAUUAUGAAGCGCAGUUACAGCAAAAGUCGGGAUUACGGUAGGACUAGGUUAAGCGUCUAGGGUAAUAUAAAACGGCCUAAAUAAGGUAACGCAUGGCUUGUUGAAUUGGGAAGUCGAGUUGACAGCCAUCAAAGGCUCCCAAAGAAACUACCAUACGUUUUUUGGCCUCAGGGGACUUCAAGUUUUGAAGGAACGGCUGCCAAAAUGUCAUAACACAAGUUGACGGUCAAAAAAAUUUAAAUUCUCAAUCUCGGCUGUCAUAAGCGAAAAAGAGGAAUAGAAAAGUAGAAUUCAGAUAGCAAAACACUUGUGAAAUGACUGUCAAACAUAUUUUUGCAUCAAAAAAUGUCAUCAUUUUCUAAUUAAAUUAUAAUUUCGCCUAAACAUUCCAAAAAAUCAGCAUAAGUUGCGUAAUAAUUUUUUUCUGGCCAAGUCCGUUUUUGUGAUAUUUUUGAGUCCCAAUCCCCCGGGGAUUUCGAAUUUUGAUAUCGGAUCCAGGGACGUCAAUCUAAGGGCCCUUGACAGCCGAAUGCCCGGGAACUCAGUCGUUUUUUCAGUCGCUAAGUGGUCGGGGAAAUUCAUAAACACAAAAAAAUAAAAGGAAGAACUUCGAAGACACUGCCGGACAAAAGUUGUUGAUUUGGCGGAUGUAUGGUCCUUAGAACAUAGAUUGCAAAAAUUUUGUUAUUUCUCCUAAAAAAUGCAUUUUUUUAUUAGAAAAGGCCUACUCCUACUUGUUUAAAAGCCUACGUUUCUAUUUGGUUCUGACACAAAAGUAAUAAAGCAGAGGUUUUCGCUGCAGGACCCAACCAUAACUAAAGUAAGCCAACUUAAGAUAUCUUGAAUGAAACGACCUUCCUUGGACACAGUCAUAUGCUACUGAUAUUUUCGGUUCACAGCUUUCUUUCUUCCACUCCAAAAAUGUAUUCUACCGUACAGUAAAAAAACAAAAUAUACUGCCCGCCUUAUCCCCUGGGGCAUGAAGUUUGGGGACUCAAAAAAGUUGGUCAUACAUCAUAAAAGUGUCAAAACGCGAACCUCCGAACGCUUGCUGGAACGUCCUUCCACCACGGACCUCUGCGGAUGUCGGGGGAUGACAUAUGACCAAGUAUAAUAUUACCGAGAAAUACCCGCUUGCAGAUGUAGUCCAUGCCAUAAAUAACACCAAAAAAUGUAAUUUAUUACUUCUCACAGCGUUCUAGGCAUGGCUCCGGGCCGGGCCUUCCAAAAUUUUCCGGCCCGGGCCGGGCCGACUAAUUUCUCGGCCCGUCCCCGGGCUUCGAUUUUCAGGCCCGGCCCGGCCCGGGCCGGCCCGGUUUUUUUGAAAUCUGAGUUUUGCCCGGAAAAAAGGUGAAAAAAUAAGCUUUUUCGAUAGAAUUUUUCAUUUUUUCGAACACAAUGCUGAUAGCGAAAGUAAAGUGACCUUAUUUACCUCUCGCCCAAAUAAAAAAAUAAUUUUCAAGUCAAUUUGAAAAACUUUUCGGAAAUUCUAAAGUGCGACCUCAAGUUAAUACGCUGGCAAACAGAGAAAAAGGAAAAUUUUUCAAAAAUACGCAAUACGCUUGUAGGUUUUUUCAAAUCCGAUAAAAGAUUUGUGAUAAAAUAUUUUUGCUAAAAUUUCGGUGACUAUACAUAAAAUUUUACGAUUUUUUGUAACCAUAUGGUAAGACAAUUUAUGGCGACUUACAAUUAGUAAUUUAUAAAAAUAGUCGAGCGGCAAUUGCACUAUGUAUAGGUUUUGCUAAAUUAUUACAUUUUGCGAAAAUGUGCCAUAAUUUUCCCUUCAUUUCCUGUUUUGUUUCUUUCCAGCCUAGUACAAAAAUUUUCCGGGCCGGCCCGGGCCCGGGCUUGGAGAUUUAGGCCCGGCCCGCAGGCCCGGGCCGGGCCGGGCCGGGCUGGCCCGGUUCGCAGCCAUGCUUACAGCGUUCGCAAUCCAAAACAAAGCUUUACGAAGUGAAUUGGGGAAGAUCAGGUUUUCGUGGUGGGACUCAAAAAAAUUCAUGGAACGUAAAAUACGCAUAAAAACAAGAUCGUUAUAGCUUUACGUUAUUGAUGGAAAGAAAUUCGUCUGCAAAAACGAUUACAACCCCAGUAAAAUCCUUGGAAAUGCGAUGACAAACAGAUCUUCUAAUGACGAAUGCAGUUCCGAUGAAGAAGUUGAUGAACACAGCGAUGAUCAUGGUGGGUUUUGCUGUCGGCAAUUACUUUUCAAGGCUUAUGGCAAGGGUCGAAUAAAAAGAAACUCAAAAUUUCAAUUUUAUUUUUUGAAAAAUCAAAUGUUGAGCCAACUUCUCCCGCUAAAUUGGUUGAAAAAUCAAAAUCGACUGAUUUUUUGCGGUAAAAACUACUGUAACAUCGCCUGAUGUCUACUAACUUCUCUCGGCUGUCUACUCAUACUCCAAAUGCUCUGAAAUUUCCCGAGUUUGGUCUUCAUUUCCGUCGAAUUCUCUUCCGAAACCCCUCAAAUUCUGUGUUUUUGCUUCGAUUUCAUUGGAAAAGCGAAAAUUUAAUCAGAAUUCCGGAACAAUUGGCUCUGAUAUCUCCUCGAUCUUACAAAGCUAUCGUGAUUUGGUUGAAUAUGACAAUGGAUGUUGAUAGAGAUGAGGCUGAAGGGGAAUUCAUCGACAUCCAUUGCUGGAAAGUGGAGGAUUUGGACUCGACGGAAACAUGGCUUCAGAAUCCACCUGGAUUCCAAUUUUUGAUUCACAAAAUACAAGUAAGUAAUCAUCCUACGAUUGCGAAAAUUUUGAGAUUUUAGAUUCAGUUGAUGAAAUCCAUCGAUAACCAAUUUUAUCAGCCGAUUUUCAUGGAAAUUCCUCUUGAAAACCUUAAAGAAACUGAUGAUUUUUGUGAAGAUGUUGACGAUUUACAAAGUAGAUGACGUUAUAAUCGUUGAAGAUGUGUUUUAGAAUAUGAGGAGCUCAUUCAAAAGACAAUUCAUCGAUGGAAACCCGAGAAUUGCACGGCCCAAGGGACACAAGUGGCCACAACCAAAGAUUCGACCGGUUCUAAUGCCUGGGGCAGUUUCUGGCGGAAAUAUUUGUUUCAAUAAACUGGUCUAGUCUUGUUUCUUGUCUCCUCAAGCUGUUUCAGGAAAAUCAAUUUACGUUAUUCAUGACAAAACUUAUUUAUUCUUGCAAAGGGCGAUGUUACCGUAAUCCAAAACGCAAAAUUAGUGAUCAUUGGUUUGCUGUCUCUUCACAAUUUAUUUUUACAGGUGAUACGGCAACAGUGAGCAAUGAGAGCAACUCCGGAGCGGAGGAAAACAGUUCCAAAGGCGAUGAAAACCAUUUAUCGCAGAAAAGAAGAGGACCCAGGACAACUAUCAAGGCCAAACAGGUUAGUUAUUACUUCAUUUCCUAGUUUUAUACUCUGGAUUUUACAAUCUGACCAAUCCUUUUCAAAAAAAGUUUUCUUUGAUGUGGAUUAUAAUUUAAUUUUUUAGUUGGAAACCCUAAAAGCGGCCUUUGCAUCAACUCCCAAGCCCACAAGACAUAUUCGAGAGCAGUUGGCUGCUGAGACGGGCCUCAACAUGAGGGUGAUACAGGUAAUUCAUUACUUUAGUCAAGUAAAAUUUAUGUUUUUUUAUGACCUAAACAUAUGUAAAGAGCCGAAAAGUUUUACCGUAGAUGGUCGUAUCUUUGAGUUUAAUUAGUUCUAAAGACUUUCGGAGCUCUCGAGACGCGAAAACGGAUUAAAAAACUCGAAAAGGCCGAAAUCGAAUAAGACCGGCGAAUGAAAACUAAUGUCCCCGGGGACUACGGUAAUCUCCACUAGACAUGCCUGCAAGAAAAUUCGAGUUCAGGGACCGACCAACCUUUUUGUAGGUAUUUUGGGAUAUAUGGGAAAAUAUUUUGACAUAAAUUUAUAUUGUACAUGACAUUUAACAAUCGAGUUUAACCCCAUUUUUGUUGCUUAUAAUGCUGAUCAAAACUGUUGGAAUUUUGCAUUUUUGCUGUACAGGCUCUACUUUUUUGAUUUCUUUUAGUUCCGAUUCAAAACCCAAAAUAUUAAGUUUUCGUUGCGGGACCAAGAUUGGAUGUCCAUAAAUUUAUUCUGCCUAAAAUAAGCUUAUUUUAAGAAAGUCGUUCGUUGAUGUGUGUUGACAUCCUUAUAGGACAUAUUGCUUCGUAAAUACUUGCCUAUGUUUGUCCUCUCCCCCAAAAAUUAACACCUGCUAAUGCAGAGAAUUAAGUGUUCAGGCAGGCGGAAGAAAUGCAAAUUCGGCCGUGUGGUCAAGGGGGAUGGGUCGGCACUUUUAAGGCGGGUUAGCUAAUCGAAAUGACAAAGGGGCAUUUGGCCAUGAGAAAAGUGCCAAGUCGAGAGAUCCCUUUUCCCUUGGGAGUACGGUAGUUUCAUACUUACCGUAGGUGAAGAAGUUGAUGAAAACGUGCAGAAAAAUUGAGAUAAUUAGAAGGAGUUGCAGUGUUUUACCAGAUCAUAUAGAAACUUUAAAUGAUUUUUAUGCCUACUUUGUAAAAUGGGCCAUUUCAGGUAUGGUUCCAAAACCGCCGGAGCAAGGAAAGACGGAUGAAACAAAUGCGAAUUAACGGAAACUACCGAGGAAAUAGGAGGCAAAGACAAAAUACAAGUAGAGAAGAGGACGAGAGCAACCAGAGUAUGGGGGAAUUCAUGCCCUUAGGUGAGGAAAACAUCUAAUUUUUGGCUUAUAUUAUACCAACCAAGCAAUGAUUAUUUUCGAUUCUGGUGACAAAAUUAAUCUGAAUUUAAAUUCCAGAACCCUCCCCUCGCUUCCAAACAAUUCAAUUUGCUUCGAAUCCCCCUCAAACUUCGACGAUUCCCCUGAUUUCUCAAGCUCCUUCCAAUCCGCCCUCUCUCAGCACCUACGAACUCUAUGGAUCCACGGCCAAUUCGGUCGAUGAAAUGCCGUUGGAUUUCCUCGGGAAUCCCCUCGAAUCCUCGACAAUCCCCUUCUGGGCCGCCCCCUCAAUAGACGACUUCAAUAAACUCACAGCGAAUGUCUAA